AAGAAGAAGAAGAAAAGAGAAGAAGAAGAAGAAAUAAAUAAAGAGGCAGAAGGAGAAGAAAAGAAGAAGAAGAAGAAAAGAAGAAGAAAAGAAGAAGUAAAGAAGAAGAAGAAAAGAGAAGAAAGAGAUUACUAAAGUUAAAGUGGAGAGAGUACUCAGAUAUAUUACAAGUACUCCACUAUAGCUUCUUUCCUGCAUUAAAAUCAUCACAGUGUCUAAAAACAGAUCAUUCGAUGGAUGGAAGUAACUCAGCGGGAAACCCCAGUGCUGCCUCAUCCCAUUUGCUUCCUGCCCCCGCUAAUGAGGAGACACCGCAAACAGCUGAGGAAGACCAGCAGAGCACAGAGUCCCGUCCAGAAGGUCCAGCAGAAACACUAAGGACUGAGGAGGAACCAUACUCCCAUGACCCUUCAACCAGAAAACAGAAACCAGAAAAUGAUCCUGCUCCAUCAUCAGGUAAAUCAUCUGCAACCAAAUCAGAUCGUCUUCCCACAAAGCAAAUACAACUAGGAGAUUCUUCUGCAACAGAAAAACAGAAAAUAAAAGAAUCUUCUUCUUCAAAAGUUCUACCAAAACCAGAUCAACCUUCUGCCGCCAAACAAGAUCCACUAAACCAACAUCCUCUUUGUAAAUAUCAAAAGAAACCAGCAGAUCCUCUUGUAAAACAUGAACAGAAACCAGAUUACUCUCAGGUACACCAAACCCAGAAGGGGAAAACUAAAGCUGCCCGGCCUCAACCCUCAAUCAAUUUAACUGAUUUCAUUUCAUCGUUCGAUAAACAAAACCAGAAGGAUCUUGAGCUCCACAUCUCUGAGUCCAAAGACCAACAGAACCACCCACAUCCAUCUCCUUCUCCUGUAAACCAGCAGAACCAACAAGAUCCUCCUGCUCCUCCUCCUCCACCUGUAGACCAGCCGAACCAAGAUCCACCUCCUCAUCCGUUAGACCAGCAGAACCAAGAUCCUCCGACUCCUCCUCCUCCCGUAGACCAGCCGAACCAAGAUCCUCCGGCUCCUCCUCCUCCUGUAGACCAGCCGAACCAAGAUCCUCCCGCUCCUCCUCCACCUCCUGUAGACCAGCGGAACCAAGAUCCUCCUGCUCCUCCUCCUCCCGUAGACCAGCUGAACCAAGAUCCUCCCAUUCCUCCUCCUCCCGUAGAUCAGCUGAACCAAGGUCCUCCCGCUCCUCCUCCUCCUGUAGACCAGCAGAACAAAGAUCAUCCGGCUCCUCCUCCUCCCGUAGAUCAGCCGAACCAAGAUCCUCCCGCUCCUCCUCCUCCUGUAGACCAGCAAAACCACCAAGAUCCUCCUCUUCUUCUUACUCCUCCUGAAGACAGACAGGACCACCAAGAUCCCCCUGCUCCUAUUGUAGACCAGAAGAACCAUCUGUGUCCUUCUCGGGGUUUGAUUGUCAACCCAACUGAACCGCAGAUGCUGGUCCCGCCCAUUACAAUUGAGGCGUUCUGUGACCAGGUGCGGCCCAGUCCUGACAUUUCUUCCUCAGCUGAACCCAAACUCUGCGGAUUCCUGCAGAAACAAGGGGGGCCCCUGAGGGCCUGGAAGCAACGAUGGUUUACCUAUGAGGAGAAGAAGAACCAGCUGUUUUACUAUCGUACGCCACAGGAUGUGAUGCCACUUGGCCGGGUGGAACUCAGCGGUGCAACCUUUACCUACCCGCUGAAGGCUGAGAGGGGAACCUUCCACAUCAAGACUCCUGAACGAACAUUCACACUCCAGAUGCAAGUUAGGGUUAAGUGUCCUGCCCAAGGACACCACGGCAUGUGUACUGGCGGAAGCUGGGAUCGAACCGCCAACUUUUGGGUUGGUCGACGAACGACUCCUGAGCCACAGCCGCAGCCUGUGGGACUCGAGGCUGUGACCCAGGAGCUGAUGCUCUAUUGGCUGCAGCAGCUGCAGGUGAAACGCUGGCAGCACAGACAGAAGUGCACCUGUCCAGACCCGACCAACCACAGCACUGAAGACGACUUCCUGCCGGUGUUGAAGAGCCCUCUGGGCCUCGUAGGGGAGGAGGCGGCCAACGCACCAUCCCAACGAACGCCGCUCGCCAACGUGUCUAUCAAACACCCGCUCAUCGAGCUGCAGAACUCUGUCCACAGUCUUCGUAAGAGAUCGUCUCAGGAUUGGAGGCAAAGUGUCUUUCACGUAGAAGUUCCACCGUCGAUGAGCCCGAGAACUUCAGACACCAACACCACCAGUACUGCUCCCAGAACUCCUGUCGAGUAUCCAGCACCGCUCCCACCUGAUCCAGCAGGUCACAUGUUUACAGGUGGGGAGUCCUUGCACCCGCUCGACGGUCAGAGCAGGAAGACAAAGAAUCGCAGUCCGUUGAUCACGCCGAUCCUCCGCAGAGACACGGUGUCCUCGUCCUCCAAUCGGAUGUCCCUCCUCCAGCAGGAGAAACAGAUGCUGAUAGAGGAGGUCAAGGGUCAGAAGGAGCUGGUCUGGAUCCUUCACAAAGCCCUGGAGUCGUCUCAGCUGGAGAAGCGAACCUGUGCUGAGUUCUUGGCGGCAGAGGACGAGCAGAAGCGUCUGGAGCUGCUGCGUCACCGCGAGCGUCAGGCGGCCGACCUGCGAAGUCGUCUGGAGGAGGCGGAGUCGGAGACGGAGGUAAUGAGGAGGAGUCUGGCCCAGAGAGACACUCAGCUGAUGGAGCUGCAGGAGAACAUCAGGAGGCUGACGGACAAGAACGCCGCCAAGCAGGAGGUGAUCAUCAAACUGUCCGAUCAGCUGACUGCCUGUCUGUCUGCCCCACUGUGCUCCAGCUUGCCCUCCGGUGGCGGUCGGGACUCUCAGGCCUUCAGACAGUUUCAGCAGGAGAAAGAGAACCUGAAGGAUGACAUUGAGGCUCAUAAAACCCAGAACAAGUUUCUGAACUCAGAGAUUUACCAGUUGACCAAACUGUGGAGGAACAGUUCUGAGCAGGAGAAGAACCUGAUGGUGAAGGUGGGUCCCAACACCUGGUGUUCUCCAGGUGUUCUCCAGGUGUUCUCCCGGUGUUCUCCAGGUGUUCUCCUGGUGUUCUCUUGGUGUUCUCUUGGUGUUCUCCAGGUCUUCUCCCGCAGUUCUCCGGGUGUUCUCCCAGUGUUCUCCUGGUGUUCUCUUGGUGUUCUCCGGGUGUUCUCCAAGUGUUCACCAGGUCUUCUCAAGGUCUUCUCACGCGGUUCUCCAGGUGUUCUCCCUGUGUUCUCCGGAUGUUCUCCCACGGUUCUCCAGGUGUUCUCCCGGUGUUCUCCUGGUGUUCUCCAGGUUUCUCCUGGUGUUCUCCAGUGUGCCUACCUGGAGGCCAGUAACUGUCAGAUGGAGAGCCGUUACCUGGACGUCCUCCGGAAGCUGCAGGAGACCAAAUCUCUGAAUCACGUCCAGCGUGGGGCCGUUCAGAAGAUGAUCGAGGACGCUCUGAAAGGAGAACUGAAGACCGUCAUGACGCUCAACACGGCCAGGGAUCACGAUGAGUACGGGUUUAAAAUCAUCCCAGAUUACGAGGUGGAGGACAUGAAGCUGCUCGCCAAGAUCCAGGCGCUGGAGAUCCGCUCACACAACCUGCUGCACCAGGAGGUGGUCGAGCGCCCCCUGCUGGGUCGCUGGGCUCAGUACCUCGCCGGCAGGUCAGAUGAAGACCUGUGUCCCUCCCCGGAGCUCAAAGUUCUGCUGCGCGGAGGCGUCCCUCAGGAGUACCGCCAGAGAGUGUGGCGCUGGAUGAUCCGAGCCCGAACCAGAACCAUCAGAUGCCACCGCCCCCGGCAUUACCAACAGCUGUGCGAGAAGAGUCACACGUCUCCUCAUCCGGCCUCCAGACAGAUCCAGCUGGACCUUCAUCGCACCCUUACAACCAAUCAGAACUUCUCCUCACCCUCCAGCCCCGCCCUCCAGCAGCUCCGCCGCAUCUUAUUGGCCUUCUCUUGGCAGAACCCUGCCAUUGGCUACUGCCAGGGACUCAACAGGUUGGCAGCCAUCGCUCUGCUCGUCCUCCAGAAUGAAGAAGACGCCUUCUGGUGUCUGGUGGCUGUGGUGGAAGCCAUCAUGCCUCAGGACUACUACACCCAGAACCUGGUGGCCUCUCAGGCGGACCAACGGGUGCUGAAGGACUUCCUGGCGGAGAAGCUUCCUCGCCUGGCGUCUCACUUUGAUGAACACGGCGUCGACGUGUCUCUGAUCAGCUUCAACUGGUUCCUGGUGGUUUUUGUGGAGAGUCUGCCGAGCGACAUCCUGCUGCCGCUGUGGGACGUCUUCCUGUAUGAGGGCACCAAGGUGAUCUUCAGGUACGCUCUGGCCCUCUUCAAAUACAAAGAGGACGACAUCCUUAAGAUCCACGACAGCGUUGAGAUCUACCAGUACCUGCGGUUCUUCACAAAGACCGUCUCUGACAGCAGGAGACUCACCAGCAUCGCCUUCAGUGACAUGAACCCGUUCCCCGGUCGCCUGCUGAGGAACCGGCGAAUGUUUCACCUGGAGCAUCUGCAGGCGGAGCUGCAAGAGCUGGAAGAGCAGCAGAGGCAGUUUGUCACGGAGAGCGUCGAGCGUAAAGACAAGGAGCUCGACGCUGCCAUGAGUGAGGACGACGACGAUCUGUGACCUCAGACCGAAAUGUUACGUCGCCACGAAGCGUUGAUGCGACACUCGCCUGUGACCCGAUGUCAGAAGUCAGAUUUAUAUCACUAACACAGAAUAUUACAUCAAUAUGUGGUUUAGUGUCAAUAAAGAAUAAAUCCAUACAUGAAUAUGGCUCAUAAAUUAAAUUGGUAAGUGACAAAUAAACAAACUAAUAUAAAUGAUUUAUCAUAACUUAUUAUAAUACUCUUUAUAUCUUUUAAUUUAGUCUUUUUUGUUUCUGUUACAAACAUCCAGGUGGUGACGGUGAGAGUUCCCACCUCCAGUGAACGUAGCAUUACUCCCUUAUGCUGCUGGUUAUUAAUAAAUGCGUCUGACGAGAAGUAACUGAAUACAUUUAUGAGGUAUUUGUACUUGACUUGAAUAUUUUUAGUCUCUGUUACUGGAUCUGAUCUGCACCAUGUGUAUUAUGAUCAGACUUUAUUGAUCAGGAUACGACCACCAGCUGUACUCAAGCCCCGCCCUCGUCACCGACCCGCAGCUCCGCCUCUUAAAGCUUUGGGAAGAUUUUACACAACCUGUCAACCCAGAGUUGGUGUCAAUCAAGUUUCGUAACAGAUCAAUAAAUCAUAAGUAAAUGAUUCACCCAUUAACUGAGGCGUCAGCUGAUCGUCCUGAUGUCGUCUUUUCACAAACAGGAAAACUGGAAAACAUCUGUCGAUCAUAUGAAUAAUAUCGUGAACAUUUAAUAAACCUUAAACAUCUGGACUCUGUCUCAGAACAUUUGAUAAAUAAAGUUUAUUAUGAAUAUUGAAGUUCACACCUGGUGCAGCAGGUUGUGUGAGCGGAUCUCCAGCGCCUGGAUCUUGGCGAGCAGCUUCAUGUCCUCCACCUCGUAAUCUGGGAUGAUUUUAAACCCGUACUCAUCGUGAUCCCUGAGGAAACACCACAGCUCCAAUGACGUAUCGAUAAAACACGCUCAUGUAAAUGUGAGCUAGCUGCUGCGAGUCGGUGUCACUACUGAUGAAUAUUUUUAUACUGUUGUUUCUCACAUUGGUCUUUCUGUUAUUGUGUUUCUGUGUAGAAAUAUCAUGUAAUUUGUGUUGUAUUUGAUUAUCUUGAUGUUGAUAAAAACCUUUAAACCUUCAAA